GCCCGCGGCGCGGGGCGGGCCCGGCGCUGCCGGGAGCUGUAGUUCUCUCCUCGGCCCGGCCCGACCCGGCCCGGCCCGGCCAUGCAGGUCCCGGCGGCCGCGGAGCGCAACAAGGAUCCGAUCCUGGCGGUGCUGCGGGAGUACGCGGGGCGCGGCGCGGGCGCGCUGCGGGUGCUGGAGGUGGGCGCGGGCGCGGGGCUCCACGCCGCGCACUUCGCGCGGGCGCUGCCGCAGGCGCGCUGGCAGCCCUCGGACAUCGACCCCCAGGCGCUGCGCAGCAUCGCUGCCUACGUGGAGGCCACAGGGGUGCCCAACCUGUUGCCCCCCAUCCAGCUGGACGUGUCACAGGGCUGGGAGACUUGGGGGGGCAUCCAGCCCGCCACCCUCGACCUCCUCGUCAGCAUCAACAUGAUGCACAUCGCAGAGCUGCGGUGCACCGAGGGCCUGUUCAAGGGUGCCGGGGUGCUGCUGAAGCCCGGAGGUGUGCUCUUCACUUAUGGGCCCUACGCUGUGGACGGCCAGAUCAGCCCCCAGAGCAACGUGGACUUUGACCGCAGCCUGAGGCAGAGCAAUCCUGCCUGGGGGCUGCGGGACACGGCGCUGCUGCGGGAGCUGGCCAAGGCCAAUGGGCUGUGCCUGGAGAGGAUGGUGGACAUGCCGGCCAACAACAAGAGCCUGAUCUUCCGCAAGCUGUAACGUGCCCUGAGAGCACUUCCAGCCUCUCCCGGCGCUGCUGUCUCCACUGAUGCCUCCUGCAGGGGUGUCACUGUCCCACCAUGGCUGCCACUGGGGCUGGGGACAGCAGUGAUGGGACAGAGCCCCACUCUCUCCAGCUGGGGCUGACUUGGCUGGGGGGUUCCAUCUCCCCUGGUGCCUUUGUGGCUUCCUUUGCAGUGGGGUGCCCCAGCCUGGGCCACAGGAGCCAGCACAGCUGCCACGGGGGGCACGGUGUGGGGGAGGGGACACAACACCCUGGGCAUGGGGGAGGCUCCUUGCUCCAUUUCCUCAGAGGAUGCUUUGCUGACAGUGCCCCCCUUCCCCCCAUUGUACUGCUGCCCCCCCAAUAAACUCUGUGGUUUUGCCCUUCA